CUAAAAAGGGGUUUUAGAACGGGGAGGGGGAAGGAGGCUAAGGGCGCGGGGGGGGUUCGACGGUGCGUGGAUUCUGCCUCCCCUCUAGACCUCGAUUCCACCUCCAAGCUUCUCUCCGCUCUGGAUUUUAUCGAGAGCAGCGGCGCCGCUGAGAGGAUGGACUCCAUGGACACCAAUUUGGUGUCAGAAGUCCCGGAGACCACAGAUAGACUGAUGAUAGUCCGGCCGGUUGAUGGGUCAUCGGGGCCCUCAACAAGGGGAGUAAAUAUCGUGGAAAGGUUCAACACAAUCCAUUCUGAUCAAAGGAUAGCUCCCGCAACAACAAAACAUGCCCCCUGUCCGAGGGGUUCAGGUCUUGUCGAUGUGCCUGGCAGUACUACUGUGCGAGAUAAUGCUGAACACCUGUUUACAGAAGCAAGAUUAGGACAAUUGAGCUCCAAGAUCAAUGAAACUAGGCCUUCCCCUCAGGUCCAAGCCUCAAGGGUUGAAUUCGAAGAAAACAUGGCUUGUAAUUACAGUAGUCAUGGUGCAAAAACAGUCGAGUUGGGUUCAAGAAACCCUUUUCCCCCUUCCCAUCCAAGUAGGCAUAGGGAUUCAAGGAAGGAUGGCAAACGACUGUUUGUUGAGAGUGAGAAUGGUGGAUGUUCUGGAUUAUCUAUUGGAAGGCAGCAGAAUGGUGUUGGGUUCUCUUGGAAAUUGCCUGUUAGUACUAGCAAAGAAGAGAGGUGUAGAGAAAAUGGGAAGGGGACUCAUCUUAGCAGUGAUUUGCAAGUGGGAACUGAUAAAAUCCCAUCAAAAUCAUCACAGCUUGCUGGAUGUCAGAGGAAUGCGGUGCAGAGGAGGCCAAUACGUAAUGGUUAUAGCUCAUCACAUGAUAUGACAAAGAGUGAUGCCCCAUCUGAGGUUGAUGACCGAAAUGUCAUGAAUUCACUUCAUGGCACGGCAUAUUCUUUGCUUCCUGGAAUCAGCAAUCAAGUUAGCGUGAAAGGAAGAGAUGUGCACGAUGCAUCACAAUUCAAAACCAGCCAAUCGCUUCAAAGAUGGUCACAGUUUGGUGAUGAUUCUCCUAGGAAUACUGGACGCAGAAAGCUGGUGCAUAAUGGUUGCAUCUCUGCAAGUAACGUAGCAAAGGGUAAGGCUGUUGCUAAAAAUGAUGAUGAUGGAAAUAUGGUGUCUAAUGAACUUUUUGAUGGGGUCUCACCACGUCAAGUACACAUUGUUAGUCCUGAUUCUGAAGGCGGCUGUGCUGAUAAAAGGAAAGGGAAAGUUAUAUUGGAUAAUAAUGUGGCACCAAAUAUGCAAGAAAAAGAAGCUAAACCUCAAGCGGGCAGGGCUUGUUCAAUGGGAGGGAAUGGGGUGACUGUUAUUGCAGAUUUUGGUGAUGAUACUCUCAGAUCUCCCAAACGAAUAGGUUGGAGAACAAGACUGGUUCAUAUAGAAGAAGCGUCUAUAAGUUCUUUUGGUGAGGGCUCCAGUGCUUCCAAGAGGGAAGACACUAGUAUCUUACCUGGUCAGAACCACGAAAUUGCAACUGUUGAUGGAGACUUCAUAAAUCUUUUACAUGACAGUCCUGAAAUAGUCUCGAUGCAUCAUGGGUCAACUCCAAAUCCGCUCUCUAUAACUUCUGAGUUAGAAUCAGAAACUGGAACACACUAUAGGCGACGCAAGAGGAUCAAAGGAAAAAGGAAAUGUGGCUUGGUUCAUUCUCAUUUUGGUGAAUGCUCCAGUACAACUUUGGAGGAUUCAGAAAUCUUGUAUAUCCAAUCCUCUAGGCAAACGUCAAAUACAAAAUCAACAAGAGCUCAUAAUUCUCAGGUCCAUGACACAUUUAUGCAACCAGUUAUAGAAGUUGAUGAGCCGAACUCCCCAGAAGUAAGAUAUAGCAAACCUCAAGGUGAAAGUUGCGGAGUUUUUGAUGAUUCUAGUGCAAGAAAUAGGCAGGUAGAAUCAGAUGAGAUAUUAGCUCGCCAGCUCCAAGAGCAGUUUUAUCAUGAGUUACAAGAAUUUGGAGAUUUAGAGGAGAUAGAUGCAACUAUAGCAUGGUCGUUACAACAGGAGGAGGAUGCUCAAAAUGCUGCCUCUAUUGGAAGGCAGGGUCAACCUCUUUCUAGGGAAACAUCAAUUGCAGAUUUAUAUGCACAGAACCCGCGUGCACUAUUCCGAAAUGUUUCUGCUCAAUCAACAAAUCUUGCUCGAGUUCCAGCAUCAACUAGAGUGGCCCAGUUGAGGAGAAACUUUAAUGGUCCUGAAAUGGAUCUUGAGAUGAGAAUGAUAUCUGAAUUGAGGAGAAGCUUCACCAGUGCUGAAAUGGAUUUUGAGACGAGGCUUAACUUCUUGGAAGCAUUAGAAGCAGCAUUUGAAGACAGUCAUGACAUGGAAGAUGAUUUUCCCCCCAUUCUCCAUCAUUUUGAUGAGGAUGACUUUGAGAUGCUGUUUGCCGUUGAUGAUAACAGCCAUCAACAUGCUGGUGCUUCUGAGAGCCAGAUUGAUAGCUUGCCACAGUCAGUAAUACAGAGUGAUAGCAUCAAAGAAGCAUGUGCUAUCUGUCUCGAGGUCCCCUCCACUGGAGAUGUCAUUCGCCAUUUACCAUGCUUACAUAAAUUCCACAAAGAAUGCAUUGACACAUGGCUCAAGAGGAGAACCUUAUGCCCAAUAUGCAAGUGUGGCAUUACUUUGGCUGCAGACACAUGACUGCCUUGUUUUGUUCAGUCAAAGAAAGCUUCUUGGAACGAGGUGAUCCACCAGUUUUAUCAUCUUAAACUUGAGCUGGGUUCAGCCUUUAGAUCUGUGGCGAGGGAAGUGCGUCUGUCGGUUUUUCCUAAAAGUUAAAACUGGUGUGACUCAAAACAUUUGAGCUAGGGCUAGAGAAGUCAUCUGUUAAAAACCUGUACAAUUUUGUUCAUAUUUUGUGAGACUCGGCACCCAUUGGCAGAAAGCAACCUUUAGGCCAUCUAGUCUUAGUUUUGAAUGUGUUGAAGUCUUUUGUCGGCAUUUUGUCAUGGAUCUGACCUUUGGUGCUGAUGAUGUUUCUAUGUUUCAUGCUGAUAUAAUAGCUCAAUUUAGUUUCAAGCUUAAUGA